GACAGUGGGGAAGGGGAAAGUGUCUGCGGAAGAGUGUGUGACAGAGAGAAUGUAAGAAGAUGAGAGUUGACAUUUGAGUAGAGCGGAUGGUGUCUUUGACUCGUGUGGCCACAUGGAUUCACACUAUGAUCGUUGUAUAGCAAUAGAUAUAACCCGAACAUAUCUGGAUAAUUGAUCCAAGAAGAUUCUGAGUCGGGACCGGGCCAUUUCAGCUGAAGGGUUGGACCAUGUAGUCGGUAUUUCCCAGAGAGCCUCGACUGACAACUGGAUAAACAUCCUGGACUUACAGGAUCUAGACAUUCUCCUAUUAGAGAAUAACCCACUUUAUCCUAACAUAACUACAACCCAACUUUCUGGAGUCUGGAUAUUUGCAAUUGAUAAGUCACUUUGAUCUCUCAGCAGAAAGGUGAGUGUGCCUGCCUGGCCAGCUUGAGCUCUUACAGAAGAUAUCAAAAAGAGAUUUCCCUUGUGUUUUCCAUACGUUAUGUGUCAUUCAUCAACACAGAAAUAGAGUAUCAGAAAGUCCCCCACCAAGUCUGUAAACACUGCAAAAAGAGGGGAGUGCAGAGGUGGCAACAGAAUAAUGCACCCAGAGUCCUCCCUUAAAACACCUGAGCAUCUGAAUAUCCUGCCACACGUUCAUCAAAGACGCCGGAAGUUUCAAGACGCUGGAAUGAGAGAGACUCCAGGCUGGAUUUGAACCCUGGAUCUCACAAUCACAUCUUUUGCAGCAGGGACUUUUUGUGGGACUGGCUUGGACUUGAGCUAAAACUUUGAACUGUUUGGACAUUGAACUCCACAUCAUCCUCUAUUUUACUACUACUACAGUAGACACCCAUCUUUACCUCUUGAAGACUGCAGAAUAUUUACUUCUUCUCCUACACUCACCCAGUUAUGGAUUCACAGGGUGGUCCAUACCUCAACAAGAGGGCCCUCUGCUCACCUCUGGGUGCUGCCCGUCUCUGUCAGUUGGCCAUGGGCUGUGCUGUGAUUGCCAUGGUAACCCACAGUGCCGGCUACAGCGGUUCACAGGGCGUGUUCUGUAUGGCGGCGUGGUGCUUCUGCUUCGCCAUGACAGUUGUGGUGUUUUUCCUGGACGCCACUCGUCUCUACAGCUGCCUGCCCAUAUCCUGGGACAACCUUACCGUCACAUGUGCUGCCUUCGCAACGCUCAUGUAUGUGACAGCCUCUGUGGUUUACCCGCUCUUCUUUGUCCGAGCUGAGUGCCCCUACGCCGGCUGUGAUGUCAGAAAUUUCCGCAUUGCUGUGACCGUCUGCUCCAUCCUGGGUGCUCUGGCCUAUGGGGCUGAAGUGGCCUUGUGCCGAGCCAGGCCAGGCCAGGCUGUGGUGGGCUACAUGGCCACCGUCUCUGGCCUCCUCAAAGUCGUUCAGGGCUUUGUGGCCUGCAUCAUAUUUGGAGCUCUGGCCAACGGGAGCGAGUAUUCCCGCUAUGCCGCCACAAUCUUCUGUGUUGUCGUCUAUGCUUUCUGCUUUGCUCUGACUGCACUGGUGGUCGUCAUGACAGUGUGUGGGCGGACCAAGGCGGUGCGCUGCUUGCCCUUUGACCGCUUCGUGGUGGUGUGCACCCUUCUGGAAGUUCUGCUCUACCUGAGCGCAUCAGUGGUGUGGCCAGUGUUCUGCUUUGACACAAAAUAUGGCUCUCCAUGGAGACCGUCGUCAUGCCCUCAGGGGAGGUGUCCGUGGGACAGCAAAGUUGUGGUGGCGGUAUUCUCCUUUGUCAACUUUGGACUGUAUGUGGCGGACCUGAUCUACUCCCAGAGGAUACGAUUCGUCUCCUCCCAUGUGCACACUAACUCACGAAUGUAGCACCAUAUCACCAUUUUACUAUUAUAUUGGCUUAACAGGUUUAAGUUAUUAAUCUGCUUCAUUUGUUUUAUUUUAUUUGUGCAUUGUUUUAAAUAUUUAAAGACACAGAAAAUAUUGAGGGGAAGAGCGAUCCCAGGCCCAGGACAUCCCUGGUGUUGCACAUGGUCUAACACUGAGGUGUCCAGACACCCCAGUUUCAAUGUGAAAGCAGUGUGGAAUGUGAACAAGGAAUUUUAACACUACGUCCCCUCUGCCACACCCCUCUGAGGUGACACCCCAUCUCUUUAACUCACCCUUUUUUCCCUCUGAGAGAUUUUGGGAGAACAGCCAACCUCACCCAAGGAGCCAGGGCUUAGCCUACUGGUUAUGUCCUGCCAAAUCCUCAUAAACCAAGACACUCCCGCUAUUAUUGACCUGCGACACACAGACACAGACACACAGACACACAGACAAACAGACACACACACACACAGACCCCUUAUAUUUAUGCUCAAAUAAUACAUAAAGUCUUGAAUAUAAAUAGUAAAUCUGGCAUGGCAUCUCUGGCAUCCCUGUCAUCUGCAAACCCCUCACCAGCGAUCUACGGACAUCAGCCAGGCUGCCAAAAAUAAACGUGAGCUGUAUGCACUCAUAUUGAAGCAGUGAGACAGCAUUUAUAAGAGGCUGGUGUCUUUAAACGUUCUCUAUGAAAUGCUUCCUUCAGUCUAUGAUAAUAAAAGAAAAGUAGAGCCCAUUUCAGCAAGGCCACUGCUAAGAUGACCUGCAGUUUGACUGCCAUGUUUAAAAACACCCAAUAUUCACAGUCAACUGCACAAUCUGAACAUGGUCAGUGUGACCGAGGAAUUUUUGCACAUAAUCGCAAAAGAAGGAACAUGUGACCUAAUAUGUCCUUAAACAACAGUUCACAACAUUUCCUUUAUUACAUUUACACUGGCAGUUGCAAAUUAUUUGUGUGGUUAGAUGGUUUUUGUACAGUGUAACACUACUGGUACAUAGUUUGACAUAGACUUAAAACUAAUUGAUAUUUUUAUAUUCACAAUGGAUCAAAGUACUAUGUGUAUAUGAAAGAUUUAGCUCAUAGUGACAAACCCACUUUACCGUUUUGGUUCACUCUCACACUCUCAUUGUUUUCAGUCCAUACGUUGGGCAGCUGUUUUAAGUAAUAAAGCUCUAAAAACCUAUUAUAGCCUACCUGUCCAGCACUAAACAGCAGAAAGACACAGUUUGUGACUAGCUGGUGAACAAAGUGGAGCCUUUAGUAACUAAAGAGACAGCAGAUAUCUCCCUAAGGAGUUGGUAGAGACCGAAAACUCAAAAGAGUGAAUAUUGGACUUACAUUCAUCAGGUGGCUCCAAAUGAAUGCUAUUGUUGCUCCAAGUCUGCAGGAUGUGUAAAAAUAACUGUUUGCUAAGAUGUUCACCAUAUAAACUUUAUAAGGUGACAUUAUGUCAAUGUUGUGUUUACAGCUUGUUGGCUGCCCCCAACUGUCCACAUCAAUUAAUGCAUGUUUAGAUAUAACAGUACAAUUAUAAAAUAAUUUUACAUGAUACAAUAAAGACAAACAUAUUCCGUA